AUGCAGCGACGCAUUGGUAUGGGCUGCCCCCUGCCCAACCGCACCCCGUCUCAGUCCGCCAGCGCCCUCUACAGCAGCUUCACAGGAGCGGCUGGCAACACCGGCCUCGCCGGCUUGGGCGCCCUCAUCUCCGCGCCCUACGCAGGGCGGGCCCCAGAACAGCUGCUCUUCGAUGCAGCCACCUGCGACCUCGUCCUCCUCGUCGGCGAUGACGGCAACUACGCCCGCGCGCUGCCGGCGCACCGAGACGUGCUCCGCUCCCGCAACCCCGGCGGCUACUUUGCCCGGCUGCUCGCCGACCCCGCCAGCUUUCCAGAGCUUCACUGGCCGUGGCAGCUGGCCUCCUCGCUGCUCUCCUUCCUGUACCGGGACUGUUGUGAGGUGUCCUGGGAGGGGCUGCCGGAGCUGAGGCGGCUGGCGGAGGAGGUCGGGGCGCGCGGGCUGUGCGACGCAGUAGACUACUUGUUGGACCCCCAGCACCUCCUCCCCUGGACCGCAACUGACCUGCGGGCGGCUGCGGAGGCGCUGGGCAGGGGCCAGCUUGUGGAGGCGGCGGACCGGUACUUGGUAGCCAUGAGGGCAGCGGGUGUCGAAGAGAACACUCGCAUGGCGGCUGUGGUGUACCAUGCGCGACAGGUCCGCCCUAAGAUUUCUAUCACUGUCUCAGCCCCCCCGUCCCUGCCCUCCGUUGACGGGGGCUCACCACCACCACCACCACCACAGCAGCAGCAGCAGCAGCUGCUGCUGCCAUGCUCCCCCUCAUCGCGACCGCUGAAUGCUGCAGCGGCGGCCGCCGACUCGCUGCUACUGCGGCCCUCCGGCUCGUACAAUGGCGGCGGCGGCGGCUCGGGCAACAGUCCCAGCACGUCAUCCCGCGGCGGUGCAGCCGCCCUUAACAUGUUUUUAUCAGUACCCGCCGGCGGCGGCGGCGGCGGUGGCGGUGGCUGUAGCAGCAACAGUAGUAGUUGCAGUAGUUGGUGCAGGGACAGCAGGCUGGGGAUGGAUAUCGUCGACGGUGUACUGCGCAGCGUGGCGUUGGAUUCUAAGGUCCUGCGUGGGCUGCUGCUGCCGGGCCGUCGGCGGGAGACUGUACUGCUGUGCGGCAGCAGCGGCGGCGGCGGAGGUGGAGUUGGCGGAGGUGGAGGCUGGCCGCGCCGGUCGACCUUUCACGGCAAUACUAUUUCGGCGGCGGCUGCUGCCGCCGCGCGGCGGUCGUCGUCGCCGUACUCGAUGGCGGCGGCGAGCCGCGGCGGCGGCGGCAGCAGCUCUGCCGCCGUCACGUCACUUCCCAACAUUGUCACUGCAGGCCAACCUGAAGUACGGCAGGUGGGCAGCCGCCUGCGUUCCGCCAUGGGCACCAACGGCGUCGGCGGCGGUGGAGGCAGCGGCAGCAGCAGCGGCUUGGGCGUGUCCUCCGGGUCAGCGGCACAGGGUGGCGGCGACAGCUUCAAUGGCAGCGGCGCCGUCAACGGCGGUUCCGUUUUGGGCGUUUUGAGGAGCCGAAGUACGGCAACAGGCAGCGGGGACGACGAGCCGCCCCCGGAUGUUCCUCCCCCCCUGGAGCUGAUGAUCAUAGUGCCGGCGGCCCAGCUGGCGCCCUCCCUGGCGUCACUGGUGCAGCGGCCACUGGACUCCCACGUACCGGGCUACAUAGGGCCCGCGCUGGCGGCGGCGGUGGCGGCGGCGGCGGGAGCGGGAGUAGGAGCGGGAGCGGGGGCUACGGCCGUCAACGGGAGUGGGAACGGCAACGGCGGCGGCGGCGGCGUUGGAAGGAGGGAUUUGGAGCUCCGUUCGCCCUGGGCCAGCGGGGGCCACAGCUCCCCCCGCCUCUCCGUCCUGCCCUCACCCUUCGACCCCUUCGGGAAGCUAUCUGGAGUGCCUGGGCUUAGCUGGGGGCUAGGAGGAGGAGCUGGAGCGGGAGCAGGAGGAGCAGGAGGAGGAGUUGGGGCGAGUGAGAACAAGCACGGCGUGCAGCUUCCAGCGGCGUCCUCUUUAGGCAACUACGACCAAAUCACAUUAACACUGGCGCUGGACCUGCAAGCCAGCGUAGUAGCCCAAACAGGCAACAACGGCGCCAACGGCCUCAACAGCCUCGGCACCGCGGAGGGCAGUUCUGGCCCCACUUCUGGACCCAACCCAAGCCUCCCAGGCGGUCGCAUUCGAGCGCCGCCGCGCCGCCGCCGACGUCUCGUCCCUGAACAGCUUGGCCGGGGCGCUGGCAGGUGCCGGCGGCGGCAGCGGCAGCGGCUUCACUACAGCUACCGCCUGUACGGCAGCCGCCAAUGCAGUGAGGACCGUACUGGGUCCCGCGAACCCACCAACACGGACUACUAUGGAACCGGUGGCGGCGGCGGCGGCGGCGGCGUUGUUGUUGCUGUUGGUAGUGGUGCGGGUGGUGGCAAUGCCAGCGCCAGCGCCAGCGGCGGCGGCGUAUGUAUGUCUGCUCGUGUGGCGGCGCUGAUGCCGCACUUGCUGGCCUCCGCCACUGCGCUAUCCCACCUGGUCUCCGCCGCGGGAAUGAUCUCCCAGGUAUUGCGAGUGGCCGGGGAGCAGCACAGCCUCUUCAGUGUCCCUGUCCUCCGUGCCAGCCUGCGUAUCUGCAACCCCAGCACCGCCCUGGUAACAGCCCUGGUGCAGACCAACACGCACUUUGCAGUGGCGGCCCUGGACAACACCAUCUACAUUCGCAAGUCCCCUGCAGAUAUAAUCCGGCUGCUGCAGGCGCUACACUCCACGUUGCCCCCCAAGGCGAGUAACUUGUGUAGCGGCGGCGCGUUCGGCGGCGGCGGCAGCGGCGGCGGCGCCAAUGGCGGCAUUACCAGCGGUGGUGGUGGUGGUGGUGGUGGUGGUGGUGGUGGUAGCGGCGGCGACACCUUUCUCUCGAAGUCGCGUCUAUCCCCAGGCGACUCCUUCACCUUGGGGACAUUGAGCCGCCAGAGCAGCUCCCAACGUUUGUUUCGUAGCUUUGAUGUUAAAAGAUCAAGUACGUCAUCAGGGUACGGCAAUGGUUUCGGGGCGGCGGCAGGAGGGGGCGCGAAUUCAGGGCCGCCGUCGCCGCUGGGGAGCCUUACGGCGCCGCCGCUGGUGUCACCGUCAUCAGCGGCACCGCUAGCGGCGGCGGCGGCGGCGGCGGCGGUAACGUCGCCCAGCUCCCGCCGUACCACGACCUCGGAGUUCAGCCUGCGAUUUAGCUCUGCCAAUGCAGCUGUAACGCCAUACCCGUACGGGCCAGCCAAAGCCAUCGCAAGCCUCAUGCACACAGGCGAUACGCCCCGCCCGGGACCUCCCAUGCCCAUCCCCAUUUCCACGCCACCGCCGCCGGGUGCUGAGGGCAGCGGCUGGCCCUUCGCGACGGCAACCGCCUCCUGCACUCCGACCUCCAGGUCCAAGCACUUCUUGUGCAGAAUCUCAAUCCCCUUUAGCAAUCGGGCAAUCAGGUUCGGGCAAGGGGAGAAUGGGUGGGCGGAAAGCACACAGCUACCGUACUGA